AUGGAACAGGUCAUGUUGAUUGCACUGGUGGCCAGCAACACGAUGCCGCUGCUGGAGGCAGCCCUCUUGAGUUCCUUCCUCAUGGUCCUUUUUGGCUGUUUGCCCCAGAAGAAAGCCUUCAGUGCCAUCAACUUGCGCAUUGUGCUGACCAUUGUUGGUGCAUUCGGCAUUGCCAAGGCGGUGAACCGCACGAACCUGGCGGCGGUGAUGGCGCGGGUGAUUUGCCACUUGCUGGCGCCCUUCGGGUGUCGUGGCAUCUACGCGGGGAUCUUCAUCGCCACCGUGGGCCUCGGCGUGGUCUUUCACUGCACCGCGGUGGUGAGCCUGCUCUUCCCCAUCGUCGUGGCGAUUAGUGAGAGCGAGGACUUGCCGGUCCCCUUGCACCAGGCCAUGGCUGUAUUGAUGAUGGGCGCCACUUGCCAAGUCCUGUCGCCGGUGUCCUACCAGACCAACAUUAUGGUCUUUGCCUCGGGCUGCUACACCUUCGCAGAUUUUCCGAGAGUGGGCUUCGGCAUUGUGGUCUUGGUGGGCAUCAUUUCAGUGGGCUUUGUGGAUCAACUCCUCCUGGACUGA